AUGGGAAAAGGAGAAAAUAAUGACCCCAAAGAUGUUCAAAGAAAAGAAAAAGCGAAGAUACAACUCAAAAGGAAUAUAGGUUAUUUUGAUGGGGUAAGUUUUAUUAUAGGAUCAAUUGUUGGAGCAGGGAUAUUCGUGUCUCCCACAGGGGUGUUAAAACAUUCCUUACUCAAUGUUGGCGUUGCACUGACAAUCUGGACUGCAUCUGGGCUGGUUUCUCUGAUGGGUGCACUCUGCUACGCGGAGCUGGGAACCGCCCUGCCCUUCUCCGGAGGAGAAUACAGCCAUAUUAAAAGAGGCCUUGGACCCCUACCCGCCUUCGUGUUUAUCUGGACAUCAAUGUUCACCAAGCCAGCAUCGAACGCUGCUCGAGCCUUGCUCUUUGCUGAAUAUGCCACGCAGCCUUUCUAUGGCGUUUGUCCUGCACCAGACGUGCUGAAGAAGUGCUUGGCCUUGGCCGUUCUCUGGUCCCUGGGGAUCUUGAAUGGCCUCAGCGUCAAACUGGCUGCGUGGGUGCAGACAGUUUUCACUCUGCUGAAGAUGAUGGCCUUGUCUGUGAUUGCUGUCGGUGGCAUAGUUCUCCUCGUGGUCAGGCAAAAGGAGAGCCUAGCCAGGUUUGAGGACAUGUUUGGCUCAGAGAUCCCCAACGCCGCACAGGUUGCUGAAGCCUUCUUCCAAGGGCUGUACGCGUACGGCGGCUGGUGGUCCCUCAAUUACAUGGCAGAGGAGAUGAAAAGCCCCAGCAAAAAUAUCCCCUUAACUGUGAUGACUGCUGUUCCUGCAGUAAUUGUUUUUUAUUUACUAGUGAACAUCUCAUAUCUGACUGUCCUCACACCUAAGGAAAUUGUCUCCUCAGUUGCUGUGGCCAUCACUUGGGCUGAUCGAGUGAUCCCCUCUGUUGCCUGGAUCAUUCCUGUCUCUGUUGCUGUCUCAAUAUUUGGUGCCCUCAACAGCAGCAUGUUCACACUCGGGCGAUUAAGCUAUGCUGGAAGUCAGUCAGGACAUUUACCUUCUUUAAUAUCCAUGCUUAAUGUCCACUCCUGUACUCCUGCACCAGCCAUGAUUUUUUCAACCACCAUUGCAUCCAUUUUUAUCAUCCCCUCUGACCUUAUCAUGUUAACAAAUUACUUUGGAUUUUCUGCCUGGCUUAUGACUGGAUUGACUUGUGCAAGCCUGAUUGUACUUCGAUACCGGGAACCUCAUCUACACCGACCAUAUAAAGUGUUUUUACCAGUUCCAUUUAUGAUGGUGGCAAUGUCUUUCUUCCUAGUUCUAGUUCCCAUAAUCUGGUCUCCAAACCUGCAAUAUGUUUAUGCUUUCCUGUUUAUGCUUGGAAGUCUUAUUGUUUAUCUGCCUUUUAUACAUUUUAAAUUACAUUUUGCAUUUUUUGAUAAAAUUACUUGCCACUUACAGCUCCUGUUAGAAGUCUGUCCUGCUGAUGGAUCUGCUGAGGGCAAAUGUGAAUAA